AUGUCAAGUGGCGGAGACUCCGAGAGGCUGAGUGCGGCCUUCGUCGUGGUGGGAGGGGGCAUCGCGGGAGUGUCUUGCGCCGAAGCCCUGGCCGUCCUGCGUCCUCAGGACGACGUGCUCCUCUUGUCCGCCUCCUCGCUCAUCAAGGCCGCCACGAAUGUGCAGCCGCUCACCAAGUACCUUGUCAAGUUCGAGGUGGAGGAGCAGUCCGCCGAGGCCCUGACGCAGCGAUGCCCCACGGUGCGGGUGGUCCAGGACGCUGUGGUCGCGCUGCACCCCGGGGAAGGGGGUCAGGGUGUCCUGGUGACGGAGUCGGGCCGACGCGUUGCCUACGGACGCCUGUGCGUGUGUUCUGGCGCGCGCCCGAAGCCGAUCCUCGCGGAUCAUCCCCUGGUGCUGACCGUGCGCGACACAGAGUCCGUGCGCACCCUGCAGGCCCGGGUGGCGGGCGCGCGCAGGGUACUCGUCGUCGGCAACGGCGGCAUCGCCACGGAACUGGUGCACGAGCUGCGCGACGUGGAGGUGGUGUGGGCUGUGCGCCAUGACCACAUAUCCGCGGCGUUCGUAGACGCGGGUGCGGGCGAGUUUUUGCUGCCAGCCGCCAAGGAGGGCGCCGACGGCGUCGAGGAGCCCGAGCACGCCUCUCGCCCCGCGGUGAAGCGGAUGCGCUUCACAGAGGCGCAGACGGCCGCGGCCGAGGCCCCCGGCGGCGGCGCGGCCCUGGGCCCCGACUGGCACGCUCGCUGGGAGCUGCGGGGGCGCCACGGCGGGCGCCUCCUCCACGUCGAGUACGGCUGCGAGGUGGUGCAGGUGCGCGCCGGGGACGACUCCUGGCCGGCGUACGUCGAGCUGUCCAACGGCACAACCGUCGCCGCCGACCUGGUGGUGUCCGCCACGGGUGUGGUGCCCAACGUGGAGGCGUUCGCCCGCGACAACCCCGGGCUGCGCCUGGCCGAGGACGACGGUGGCAUCCUGGUGGACGAGCACAUGCGGUCCAGCGUCCCCGGCGUGUUCGCGGCCGGGGACGCGUGCACGGCGGGCUGGACGCACGCCAAGCACUGGUUCCAGAUGCGCCUGUGGACGCAGGCGCGUCAGAUGGGCACGUACGCGGCCCGCUGCAUGUCGGCCGAAGCCGAGGGUGAGCAUCUCCUCCAGGACUUCUGCUUCGAGAUGUUCACGCACGUGACGCGCUUCUUUGGCCACAAAGUCGUGCUCCUGGGGCUGCACAACGGGCAGAAGCUCGAGGGCGGCGACUGGGAAAUGAUGCUACGCGCCGUCAAGGGCAAAGAGUACGUCAAGCUGGUGCUGCAGCACGGCCGGGUCCAAGGGGCUGUCCUGAUCGGCGAUACAGACCUGGAGGAGACGUUCGAAAACCUGAUCCUGGAUCAGGUGGAUGUGUCGCACCUCGGGGAAGACCUCCUUAAUCCACACGUCGACGUCGAAGACUACUUUGACUGAGUCUGCGCUAGAGCUCUUGGUGUUAUUGUGAAUGUUGUGUUGGGUGAUUGAAACUGUCUUAGCUAUUAGGAAACCAAUAAUAAAUUUGUUUAAUCAAAAA